AUGAAUCGCCCGUAUGGUGCUGUGGACGUGUCUGCAAAUUUGAAGGGUGUUGUCCCAAAAUCAGCGACCCAAAAAAUUCUUGUCGCCUUGGCUGAGAAAGGUGAACUAGUGCAAAAGACAUGUGGAAAAACUAUGUUUUUCGUCGUAAAUCAGGCCAACAUGGAAUCCAUGCCACCUGCGCAAAUUGCCGUUCUUGAGGCUGAACUGAAUUCAACCAACGACGAAAUUAAGGCCCUCGCAGCUGAAGUCAAGGCUGCUACUGCAGCAUUGGCAAAGCUGAAGACAAGUCCCACUGACGCCGAAUUGAAGACCCAGAUAGCGGAGCUCGAGUCCGCUGUUAUUUCGAAAGCUGCAAUUCGUCUUCAACCCCUUCGUUCUGGUGCACCCCUUAUCUCCCCUGAAGAAAUCGAGAAAGUAAGUGCCGACUGGACAAAGUGGAGAGCUGAGUGGAUAUGGCGAAAAAAAGUUUUCAAAAUCGACCGACACCCGAUCUUCAGGCUCUGGAAUCUUGCUACGGACGCCCUGCCACCCCAAGACGCGAUAGAUCUUGCGGAGGAUCUUGGUAUCGAAAUGGACACCGCGGAACACACUAUGAUCGAACAAGGACCUCUGUGUGCACAAAAGGCUGCAAAUACAUUGAAAAGAAAGCGUCAUUGA